GAGGGUUUGCGCGAGCUGCACAGUGGUGGAAUAUUUUAGUCGAGAGAGAGAGAGAGAGAGAGAGCAAGCGAGCGAGCGAGAGAAGAUGCCGUGCCUGAACUUGUCGACAAAUGUGAACGUGGAUGAGGUGGACACCUCUUCCAUCCUAUCUGAAGCUACCAAGACCGUUGCUAAGAUCAUCGGGAAGCCAGAGGCCUAUGUGAUGAUUGUACUGAAGGGGUCGGUUCCGAUGUCAUUUGGUGGGACUCAGCAACCAACAGCUUAUGGUGAGCUGGUAUCCAUUGGUGGUCUCAACCCUGAUGUCAACAAGAAGCUGAGUGCUGCAAUUGCAGCAAUUCUUGAGACCAAGUUGUCUGUUCCUAAGUCUCGAUUCUUCCUCAAAUUCUAUGAUUCAAAGGGCCAUCAAAGCCAAGAUUAUGCACAGUGUUUGCAUGCUUUACAUCAACACUAGAUCAUGGUCCUGACUUUGGAUGGAAUGGGGCGACCUUCUAAAUUCUCUAGUACUUCGGAUGUGUUGUCUUGAAUCUCUCCAAACCAAAUUCUAUAUGUAGAAGCAACUUGAUAUCGUUAUAUUGACUUUCAUAACUGUGUUGGGUAUGCAAGAAAAGAAUAUUCCGUUAUGUUAUUUGAUAGGCAUGUUUAAUUGGAGCAAUCUGGAGAUGUUGAACACAUAAUGACAUUGCUAGUUUCAACUCUUA